CGAGGCGCAUGCGCGCGGGCGGGCCCGGCCCGGCCUAUAUAUUGGUUGGCGCCGGCGCCAGCUGAGCGCGGAGCGGCGGCGGGUCCCGCGAGGCUUCACCCGAACGAGGAGGAUGUCCAGACGCAGUAGCCGUUUACAAGCCAAGCAGCAGCCACAGCCCAGCCAGACGGAUUCCCCCCAAGAAGCCCAGAUAAUCCAGGCUAAGAAGAGGAAAACCGCCCAGGAUGUCAAAAAAAGAAAAGAGGAGGCCGCCAGGAAACAGCAGUAUGAGAUUAGGAAUUGUUGGCCACCUGUAUUAUCCGGGGGGAUCAGUCCAUGUAUUAUCAUUGAAACACCCCACAAAGAAAUGGGAACAAGUGACUUCUCUAGAUUUACAAAUUACAGAUUUAAAAAUCUUUUUAUUAAUCCUUCACCUUUGCCUGAUUUAAGUUGGGGAUGUUCAAAGGAUGUUUGGCUAAACAUGCUAAAAAAAGAGAGCAGAUAUGUUCACGACAAACAUUUUGAAGUUCUGCAUUCUGACUUGGAGCCACAGAUGAGGUCAAUACUUCUAGACUGGCUUUUAGAGGUAUGUGAAGUAUACACACUUCAUAGAGAAACGUUUUACCUGGCACAAGACUUUUUUGAUAGAUUUAUGUUGACACAGAAGGAUAUAAAUAAAAAUAUGCUCCAACUCAUUGGAAUUACCUCAUUAUUCAUUGCUUCCAAACUUGAGGAAAUUUAUGCUCCUAAGCUCCAAGAGUUUGCUUAUGUCACUGAUGGUGCCUGCAGUGAAGAGGAUAUCUUAAGAAUGGAACUUAUUAUAUUAAAGGCUUUAAAAUGGGAACUCUGUCCUGUAACAGUCAUCUCCUGGCUAAAUCUCUUCCUCCAAGUUGAUGCUCUUAAAGAUGCUCCUAAAGUUCUUCUACCUCAGUAUUCUCAGGAAAAGUUCAUUCAAAUAGCUCAGCUUUUAGAUCUGUGUAUUCUGGCCGUUGACUCGCUGGAGUUCCAGUACAGAAUACUGGCUGCCGCUGCCCUGUGCCAUUUUACCUCUAUUGAGGUGGUUAAGAAAGCCUCAGGUUUGGAAUGGGACAACAUUUCUGAAUGUGUAGACUGGAUGGUGCCUUUUGUCAGUGUAAUAAAAAGUACUAGCCCUGUGAAGCUGAAGAUUUUUAAGAAGAUUUCUAUGGAAGAUAGACACAAUAUCCAGACACAUACAAAUUAUCUGUCUAUGCUGGAUGAAGUAAACUAUGUAAACACCUUCAGAAAGGGGGGACAGCUGUCACCCGUGUGCAGUGGAGGCAUUAUGACACCGCCGAAGAGCACUGAGAAACCACCAGGAAAACACUAAAGAAGUUAACUAAGCAAACAUGUUGGGAUUGACUGAGUAUUGGGUAGAAUUUCAUAGAACUUGAACUACUAAAGUUUUCAGGAAAGUAGUGCUGUGACUGUCCUAGCCAAUUUGAAAGUUUCACUGCCAUUCUUUGAUUUAAAAAAAAAAAAAAAAAAAAAAAACACUUAAAAUUGGCAUUAAGGAAGAAAUUCCUAGAUUAGCUGUUUAAGCAGCAGGACUUGUUUACAAAGAUGACUUCAUUCCCAAUGUGACUGGAUAGAAGCCAGCCACAAUUUAUGCCAUAACAAUUUUUCUUCUGAUCCAGUGUUACUAUGUUGUAUCUUGAUAAACUAAGAAUUUUAUCAUUGGAGUUUUAGAGUAGGUAAGGGCUACCUUAAAAGGGACAUUGAGUAAUACAAUACUUUGAAUCUAGUUUUUAGAUUCUCAAAAUUCAUAUUCUUGACUAGUGCAAUUUGGUUAUUGAAAAUAAAAUUUAAACUUGUUUACAAAGGUUUAGUUUUAUAAUAAGGUGACUAAUUUAUCUAUAGCUGCUGUAGCAAGCUAUUAUAAAACUUGAAUUUUUACAAAUGGUGAACUUUAAUCUGUUUUUUUAAACUGGUACAUUUGCCUUGCCAUAACAUUUUUUAACCAGUAAGGCUUAGAUGAACAUGGCAUUUAAACUGUGCUCUAAAAAGGGGGAAUACCAAAGAAAUUUUAAACAAGAUAAAUGUUGCAGCUCCUCUUUUGGGCUUUGACACAGAGGUUGCUUUAUAAUGACUUUGUACACCACAAUUCAAGAAGUACCCUUUCAACCUAUUUAUAUGAGAAAGUCACUUUAUUAACUCCAAGAUAUCCCCAAGGACUUUUUCUUAAUUUAGUGUGACUAAGACUAUUUAUGUUUGCAAAACCAUUAAGGUCCUUUUUAAAUUCCUACAUAAUGAGUUAAGGACAGUGUCAAAGUGAUAAUGCUUAACACUUGACAUAAAUUUCUAUUUUCGUAAGGCAGAAAAGUAGUACAUGUAUACUGACUCCUAGAUUAUUUAUUAAAAACAAAAAAACCUGACGUAAGAACUUGCUGUAUAUAGACUAGCUACUUCUACACAAAUACUUCAGUUUUUUUUAAAAUGAAAUUUGGCCUCAAGAGUGGGUCUAGUACAAGACAAAUUAUACUAGAUUGCUAGUUUAUUCUGUUACUGGACAUGUGAAUCUCUUCCUUUGAAGAAAUUAUAAAUCUAAGCCAUGGUUAUGGUAUGAAGUCUUCUGUAUAGUUGUUUUUACUGUUUCAGUAUUGUCUGAAAAGAAAACACCACUAAAUGUGUACAUAUGUAUUAUAUAAUCUAAUACUGUUUAUUUUUUAGCCCAUUGUUUAAAAAAUAAAAGUUAAAAAUUUUAA